AUGGGACAAUCACAUUUCAACUUCGCACUGCUUCGGGUCACCGUCAUCCAACUUCUACGGUCCAUUGGCUUUGACAGAUGUGCUCCUUCGCUAGUGGACAUUUUAGCAGAUAUUUAUAUUAGACAUCUUCAACUACUGGCUUCUGAGUGUAUGAUGCUUGCUGAGAACUCUGAAAGAGAAGAGAUAGAGAUCCAGGAUAUCACACAGGGAUUACAAAACAUAGGAAUGAUCAAACCUACAAAUCUAUUGGAUAUCUAUGAUCAAUAUGAAGGUACAAAUAAAAGUGCUGAUAAUUUCCUUCUAUGGGUUGUUGGUUCAAUACCUGAAAACUCAAGAAUUGUUAGUAAACCAACUCCUGAAAUGUCAAAUACCAAGAAAAACAAACCAAACCCAGUGAUACCUGAAUAUAUAAAUGCAUUGAAUAGUAGUAAUGCUGCUGAAAGUACUAUAGAUUCAAUGUCUAAAGACACAUUGAAUUCACAAUCUCAAAUUCAACAACAACAACAACCUGAAGAAUUAGAUGAAGAUUGGUUGAAAUUCUUAAUGAAGAAACAGUCAAAGAUUGGCCACGAGGAAAAAUUUAAACAUACUGUCUUGAAUACCACAAGUAAUAAUACAAUAAGUGAUUAUAAUGUUGUUGGACCUGCUCAUGAAGAACUAGAGAGGAAAUUACCAUUCAAUACUAAAUAUGAUGAUGAAUUAUCUGAUGAUGAGUUUAUAGAUAAUGGUCAUUCUACUUCAAGAUUACACUCUGCAGAUUAUAAUUAUUAA